AUGGUACGUCAAUUCACCUGGAGAGGAACGAUUUCUCAGCCGUUCGCGAUUAAACUUUUCAAAGGAAUUUGGAAUUCACAUCCAAGAUUCGCAACUCGAACAGUAAUGGUGCAGAACAAUGAUGUCGAUGGAGCUUUCGGACUUCUUAACAGAUUGAUGGAUUCAGAAGGAAUGCUGAAAAUCAUUCGCCGCACUCAAUUCUAUCAGAAGCCCUACAUGCAACGAAAAACACUGUCGAUGGAAGCAUCAACGGCGAUUUUCAACGAGGACAUGAACCGGAAAAUGAAAUUUCUCGUUCGAAAAAAUCGUCCCGACAAGCAUCCCGGACAAGUGACGUCCUAAUUUCGAUCUCAGAAAAUAGUUGUUUUGAGUUUUUUGUUUUGUUUUGUUUUACAGCAAUAAAAGUGUAAAUUAAU